CCAACGGCUCCUUUGAACCCUGCCUCGUUGGUGGCCACUGGAGAAGCGCGGGGGGCUCCCCAGACAGCCGUGGGGAGAAGUUAGAGCCAGCACUUUACCCCAGGCCUCGCGUGUAGCGUUCCCUCCCCCUGCUCAGGUGCCCCAGUGUCCUGAGGGGAGUUUUGGGGUGUGCCCUCCGUACACGUCCCAAGCCCCGGGUAACCUUCCCGGCUUGUGUUCCAUCUCUGUUUGGGCUUCCUGCACAGUGGUCGGGGGCCACUACUUUGCAUCAUGUCCCGGUAUAGCUACCAAAAUCUCCUGGAUUGGCUCUAUGGGGGCGUGGACCCCAGCUUUGCAGGCAAUGGGGGCCCCGACUGUGCUGCCUUUCUCUCUUGGCAGCAGCGGCUGCUGGAAAGUGUGGUGGUCCUGACCCUGGCCCUGCUGGAGAUCCUGGUGGCCCUGCGGCACAUCCUGAGGCAGACGAAGGAGGACAGUAAGGGUGGCCGUGGCAGCCAGCCAGAGCAGGUGACCCAGCGGCCAGAGGAAGGCAAGGAGAGCCUGAGCAAGAAUCUGCUCUUAGCAGCCCUGUGCCUGACCUUCGGGGUGGAGGUGGGCUUUAAGUUCGCCACCAAGACCGUCAUCUACCUGCUCAACCCCUGUCACCUGGUCACCAUGAUGCAUAUCUUUCUCCUGGCCUGCCCUCCAUGUCAAGGAGCGAUCGUUGUCUUCAAGCUGCAGAUGCACAUGUUAAAUGGGGCUCUUCUGGCCUUGCUCUUUCCUGUGGUAAAUACUCGCCUGCUCCCCUUUGAAUUGGAGAUCUAUUACAUUCAGCACGUUAUGCUCUACGUGGUGCCCAUCUAUCUGCUGUGGAAAGGAGGUGCUUAUACCCCGGAACCCCUCAGCAGCUUCCACUGGGCCCUUCUCUCCACUGGCCUGAUGUUCUUUUACCACUUCAGCAUCUUGCAGAUCCUGGGCCUGGUCACCGAAGUGAAUUUGAACAACAUGCUGUGUCCGGCCAUCUCAGACCCAUUCUACGGCCCGUGGUAUCGCGUCUGGGCCUCGGGACACCAGACUCUCAUGACCAUGACCCACGGGAAGCUGGUCAUCCUGUUCUCAUACAUGGCUGGGCCCCUGUGUAAAUAUCUGCUGGAUUUGCUCCGGCUUCCAGCCAAGAAAAUAGACUGAAGGUGGUUGUAUUUCUUUCUUCCUUUUUUUUCCUUCUUUGUUUUGUUUUUCCUCCCUGAGGAAGCAAUUCCCAACUUGACUUGGAGAACAAUCAGUUCUUUUCUUUGUCUUUUUCUUUUUUCCCCUCCUGUGUCCCUUUCUUCCACCAUUCUUCCUUCCCCAGUCCUUCCUCCCAGGACUUCUCCUUAAGUGCUGGGGGGAGGGGUGGUGGUGGAAUUGUCCUUCUUCCCUUUGACUGUCCUCCCUGUUCCUAGUGGCCUUACAUGGGGAGAUGGCAGUUGGUGUCUCUUUCACUUUGGUCGUUGGGUGCUUUUACUAAUAGCUGGUUAAGGAGAAAGGGAACAGAAAGCAGUCGUUCUUUUUGGCGUUUAAGUCACAUGACUGACUGGGUUGUGGUUCAUUUCUACACUGCCAGGGACCUCCAGGCUUAUGCGAGGUAGGGGUGGGGUGUCCCCUUUUGUCCCCAGCACAGCCUCAUCAUCAGGGGACUGAGGCCUUGUUUCUAUACCAGCAGUAAGCCCAAAGCAUAGGGAUGUCCUAGCUCACAGCCAAAGUAGGACUGCCCGAGAUUCUUCGCACUGGUGGCCCAUGAUUCAAAGCAAGCAGCCAACUGGCCGCUCCCCUCCAGCAUGCUGCCUGGGGUGGCAGGUGGGGGCCAUCACCCAGGCCAAGGCCUAGAUUCCAUUUAGGGGGAAAGAGAAGGGUGGGGGCAGAGUGAUUGCCAUGAUAAAUCCAAAGGGAACAAAGUGAAACCAUGUCCACACUGGCCAAGCCCCUGUGCCAAUGCUGCACAGGAGAGCUGAGAACUGACCUACCCAGAGCUCCUCUGACAUGGGCCUGGCAAUUCAUCAACGCAAGUGGUGACUUGAGAGAACUGUGAUUUGAACCACUGGCUCCGUUUCAGUUUCACGUUGAUCGUAGCUCCCCUGUGAAUCUGCAGUGGCUCUUAAAUGUCCUCUCUUUCCCGCUCUCUUCUAGAAAGGCAGCUGUAGGAAAGAAUGCACUGGCGUUUUGAUGUGGUCUUGGUGUGUGAGUUGGGAGAAGCCGUGGAGCAGGGUCCAGUCCUACCAGGGCUCCUGUGGGCCCAUCUCUUGCCAUUUUUUGUCAGCAGUCCGAGUUAAGCAACGUUCCUGGCAACAUGUUUCCUCUCGGGCCAGGUUACCUACUCGAGGGAAGACUCAGUGCUGACUUGUUUCACAUGGAGGAACUCCUCACCCUGCCCCUCCCAGCACCCCUGUCUAGGCAGGGAUGAAGGCAGCUAGGCAUCGGGUCCCCACUAGUCAAGGUUCAAGUCCUCGGUAAGGAGGCCCUUUAGGAUAUGACUUUAUGGCAAGGAUUGAGCUCAAGGGUGCAUGGGCCUCAAGAAAAAAGAGAGGGACUGGGCAUUGGCUGAGUCCUGGUGGUGUAAUGGGUUACUCACUGGGAUGCUAACCCAAAAGUCUGCAGUUGGAAACCAGUAGCAGCUCAGCAAGAGAAAGAAGAGGCUUUCUCCUCCUGUAAAGCUUCAGACACUCCCUGGAGUGGUUCUCCCCUGUCCUUCCAGGGUCGCUGUGAGGUAGAGUUGAUGCACUAGCAGUGAGUUUGGUUUCUUUGGAUUACAUGCCUCCUACGAAGCACAGGUUGGCUUUAGAACAGGCAGGAUCAUUCAGUGGCUUUUCUCUGAUGAGUUGCCUCUCCCUUUUCCCCCUCUGGACAACUAGUGGCUGUGAGCUAGUUCCUGCAUUUCCAGUGGUGAUGUAUCAGACCUCAGUGGAGCUUCAGGGACUCAGUGCUCAAGAUAUUUCAUAAACGGGUCUAUAGGAGACAGCAGCGUUCAGGAGGGUCUCUCAGAGGGAACAGACCCAGAGUUGCAAUCCCAGGACCCCUAGAUUGUGGGGACAGCUGGCAUGGAGGCACCACUGUCUGUGGGAGUGCGAGGGCAGACAGGGACAACGUAGUUCCUGAGGGUUCCGAAGCAGCAUUUCCUAGAAGUCUUUGAGGACUUGGUCAAGCUUUUCUUAGGGGCUUCGCCCUUUGGGAAGGCCCGCUCCCUGCCAGCCCCAGCCCCCACUCAAGAAUUGAGCCAUCACUAAAUGACUCUGUUUCCCCACACACCGAGGCGCAUAGAACUAGCUGAUGAGGAAAUGUGCUAGGGUUGAGUGCCCCUUGGCCUGGUCACAAGAGGCAAAGUUGGAAGGAGGUCGGGGGAGGAGCCCCAUGGGCCUUGCCUUGCCCCCAGCAGUCUGUCCAGGGACUACAGGCAGAUGCUGGGGGGAGGUGGGUCCUCAGCUCGGGCAAGCCACAGGGGUGUGAUUCGGCAGGCUGUCUUUUCUUCCCUAUCCCUGUGGCCAUCAGCUCGCCCUCUGCCCACACUGGGACAACUCGCAAGGCUUGCCUUUGCCCUGGCCACAGCUCAGUGCCCCAUAUGGCUGACACCCUCUGCCGCUUAGAAGAGGGUGAAAGCCACAUGACAGGUAGGGCCAGGCCAGCCACAGACCCACCUGGCAGGAAAGCGAAGGAGCAAGAUCAGGCCUCUAGGCUGGCUCCGACUCACGUGAGCACAGUGGGCAGGCCUGGGAUAGAGUGAGUAUAGUGGGCAGUGGGGCUAUUGCCAUAGGAGAGACCUGGGGUCCAGCUCAUGGGGAGAAAAGCAACUUUGCUGGACACCUGCUUUGGGAGUUGGCUCCCCUACUUAACCAACUGCCAGCCUGAUGCCCCCAGCCUUGCACCAGGAAUGAGGUUGCCACACCUGGUGGCCAGUCGGCCCUGACUGACCCUCUCCUUUCUAGGGCUUUCCUGCCAUUGCCAAGGUGGCCCCCAUGCCACCCAGAUCAAGUUCCCAUACUCCAUUGGCCAACAUAUGGAAGCCCCGUAUGUGUGUGAGUGUAUAAAGAGUGCUUGUACAAGUAGCCCAUUUCCUUGAAAAUAGUGCCAGGAAAGGCAAAGAGGCUCCCUUAAGUCCUCAGGUGGCCUUGGCCAAGGAUCUAGGCCCAUGAGAACAUGCUGUUUCACUGGCCAACUCGUGACAUCAACCCAGAACAGCAGAGGGAUUGACACACCCUUCCGACUUCCCCCAACCCACUCUGAGUAUUUGGUUUUCUGCACCAAAGAUGAUCUGGCCACCUUUGCUCCCUGAGGCAGAGUGACAUGUUCCUCAGUUAGCUUGCAACAGGCUCCACCUUGCUUCUGAAGCCACGGCUCAGGUCCCUGAGCCAACCUUCCAGUCCUCCUGUAGGUUUUUUCGCCUUCACACAGGGCCGGUGAGACCCUCAGGGCGAUCCACACUUUAUCCUCCAGGACCUCAGCCUAGCUCUCCGAUAGAACCCCUUUGGCAGUCAGUCACCUCUGUCAGCGUUGGUAUGCUUGUGAUCAUGGCAAAUUCAGUGUUUUGUGCAGUGGGCACAGUGCUCCCCACCCCUGGGCAACAGCUGAUCUUUGUACGCAGACCCUUCCCCUCCCUCCCUCCCUCCCUCCCUCACUCCCUCCCUCCGCCCCAGGGUUUGCAGAAGUUGAGGUCUGAAGCGUGUGUCCUCUUUGGAAGUGUUGUCUGAAGGUCUUCUUGUUGGUUUCUACUCGAGGGGAAAGAGGGAAGUGAGAGGGGCAAAGAGCGAGACCUUUAGUGACAAUACGAAGGAGGGUUACCUACAGGCUUUUCCCAGGCUCCUUUGCAAACCCCAACUUGAGAGGGGGCCUCCCACCACCACCCCUGCCUGCCCUGCCCUCUCUGAUGUAGGUAGAGGCGGCCCAAGGGAGCAAACAACUCUCUUGUGUAUAUCGAGUGAGCCUGUGCGGACUCAGAAACACCUAGUUGCUUCUUGUUGCUCGACUGUGACGUUUUGGUAACACUGGUGUGUUACUUGUGGGAUACAGCAUACCUACAAAUCAACUCCAGUGAGGGGAGUCCAGGGGUGGGGAUGAAAAAAACACCCCCCCAAAACAGGGAGCAAAAACUAAGCCAAGCUGUUAUUUUUAGAAGUGCUUUCUUUGCCUUCAGUGUCCAGUUGGGGUUCCCUUGUCAAGCAUUCUUCAGAUCUCUCCGUGCUCUGGUGAUCCAGAGAGCCAAGAUGCACUGAUCUGGACUAGUUCCUGCCAAGGACUUGUCCCUCUUCCUCCUCUUCCUGCUCCCAUCCUUCCUCCUUCCCCCUCUUCUCCCUUCCUGAGCUGGAGUUGCUAUGCACUGAGUGCACCUCUCGCUGUCACCCCCUUCUCUCCCCUCCCCAACCUCUACCCCCACCCCCACGGGCGCCCUCUUUUGAACUACUCUUUGCGAGUUGCCCUCAACAGUGGGUGGAGGGGUUUGGGGUGGGAUUCAGUGUUUGGGGAAGGCUGGUUCUUGGGUAUUAUGGUCUCCCCCCACCCCCACCAGGUUUGCUCUACCUCUUGGGGGCAUUUUGUAAUGCGUUUUCUCUGAUUUGUAAAACCCUUUGAUUGUACUGAACUGGUGUCUGGAGUCACCUUUGGAAAUAAAAGGUCAUGAAUUUGUG